AAGUCAGAUUUUUCAAGCCGAUUUCUAGAACAUAAAUAGUUCUGGGUGCAGCAGAAGAAAGCUGACCGUUGUCAUGGCUGUAGAAGCUUUCCAUAAAGAUGAGACUUUGGCAAUGCGCAGAAAGUUGAUUGGGCAGUCCUGCAGACUCUUUUUCUCGCAGGACCCCGUGAAAAUAGUGCGAGCACGGGGUCAAUAUUUGUAUGAUGAGAAUGGCAUGCAGUACCUAGAUUGCAUCAGCAAUGUUCAACACGUGGGACACUGUCAUCCCAGCAUCACUCAGGCUGCUGCUGCUCAGAUGGAUCUUCUUAAUGCAAACACUAGAUUCCUUCAUGACAAUAUAGUGCAAUAUGCAAAUCGGCUGGCAGCCACUCUGCCAAAGAAGCUUGGUGUCUUUUAUUUUGUCAACUCAGGUUCAGAAGCUAAUGAUCUUGCCUUGCGAUUGGCCCGUCAAUAUACCCAACAUCAGGAUGUCAUUGUGCUGGAUCAUGCAUAUCAUGGACAUCUCACCUCACUUAUCGACAUCAGCCCGUACAAGUUUCGGAAGCUGGAGGGCCAGAAAGAGUGGGUUCAUGUGGCACCUCUCCCUGAUACUUACCACGGUAUCUACCGAGAGGACCAUCCAAACCCAGCAAAGGCUUAUGCUGACACAGUGAAAAGUCUUAUUGAAGAGGUGCACAAGAAAGGCAGCAAGAUUUCAGCUUUUUUUGCUGAGUCUUUACCCAGUGUUGGUGGCCAGAUCAUUUUCCCAAAUGGUUAUUGUAAAAAAGUAUCAGAAUACAUUCAUGAGGCAGGGGGAGUUUAUGUGGCAGAUGAGAUUCAGACAGGUUUCGGUCGUGUUGGGAGUCAUUUCUGGGCUUUUCAGCUUGAAGGUGAAGACUUCUGCCCUGACAUUGUGACUAUGGGUAAACCAAUGGGCAAUGGUCACCCAAUUGCAUGCGUGGCCACUACAGAGGCGAUAGCUGGUGCUUUCACAGCCAAUGGUGUGGAGUACUUCAACACAUUCGGUGGCAACCCAGUAUCCUGUGCCAUUGGUUUGGCAGUAUUAGAUGUGAUUGAGAAGGAAGACUUGAGAGGCAAUGCUCUGCGUGUUGGAGGUCACCUGAAACAGCUUCUCUGUCAGCUUCAGACUAAACAUCCAAUCAUAGGUGAUGUGCGUGGUGUAGGACUGUUUAUAGGUAUGGAAUUAGUUAAAGACAGAGUUUCCCGAAAACCAGCUACAGAGGAAGCAGCACAGCUUGUUCGAAGGCUGAAAGAAGAGUGCAUAGUUAUGAGUACUGAUGGACCAUGGGAAAGUGUCAUCAAAUUCAAACCUCCCAUGUGCUUCAGUAUGGAGGAUGCUGACAGAGUUGCUGUGUGCAUUGACCAAAUUCUCAUAGAACUGGAGAGUACCCGCCAAAAAGAAGACCAUGAAAAAAGUUGAGCUGAGAAGAAAUGUAGUACUGUAUAUACAGCAAACACUUUACAGUACAUUUCAAGUAUAAUACUAAUUCUAAAUUGUCUGAAAUAUGUAACAUCAUGUAUUCAAUAAUAUGAGAACUGUAUUCUCGAAUGUUUAAUUCCAUUUAUACUCAGUUAAAAAUACUUAAAAGAGAAACAUUAAUAAAUUCAGUCAUACUAAACACAGAACAGAGAAGAUUUAACAUUGAAAUAAAAUUUAAAACAAACAUAUCAAUAUGAAAUCACCCCUUUACAUAUAAUUGUGCAGGGUGAGAUGUCAACAAAUAAUAUGAACUCAAGAUUUGAAUAUGCUUUUAUAUUGUAAAAUCAUACAACAAUAUGAAGCACUUUUUGUAAACAUUUGUUUUCACUCCUCAGUGUGAUUUAGCACAAUGACUCCAUAAUCUUUGUCUCAUAACACUCAAAUGAGUGUUGUGGUUCAAUUAAAUAAUGUUGUGUACAUUUUGGUUAAAUAAUCAAAGUGGAUAUUUACAUGCAGAAUUUUUUUAUUUAUUUUUUUCAGGCAGUUUAAAUUACCGUUGUUUGUUUGUUUUGUUUUGACCCAUAUAGGUGUUAUUUGGGUUCUUCAGCAGAGAAUAAUACAGAAAUGUAUAUACUGCUAUUAAAGGAAGAGUUCAGCCAAAAAAAUAAAUUCUCUCAUCAUUUACUCAA